GCAGCGCGCAGUCCUAGCUGCGACUCCGAUCGUGUCGGGUGACUCGUGACUCGGGUGUUGUCGUGCGUUUGACACUGGCAGGUUGACACUGUGGAGCUCCAAAAACGCUUUUGCCGAAACUGAGCGGCCGAGCCGUCGUUUCUGGUCGGUAUCGAGCGUAUCGAGCAUUCGAGUAUCGCGCGUUCGCGACACGCGUCGCCCGCGCAAAGACAUCGAGUGAGAAAAUCGUCUCGGUUCCUCGGUUGACCGUUGACGGUUGAGUGCCGUGUCGCGCGUCGCACGUUGCACGUUGCGCGCCGCAUUGUGUACCGCGUACACGCGAGUCAUCGAGCCGAGAAGGACGGACGAUUCGAAAGAGGAAAGGAGAGAGGGCGAGAGGGCGAGAGGGAGUGAACCGAAGGGCGUCUGGGCGUGAGCGACGGAGAAGCAGCGACCGGGUGCUGACACUGCUGACUGCUGACUGCCGCGGCCGGAGCGGAGAAAGGAAAGGCGGAAGGAUUAUAUAUUCGGACAACAUGGCCACCGCGAUCGACGACCGGCAGGAAUUGUUGGAGCAAUUCCGAGCGAUUGACGCGAACGGAGAUGGCUUCAUCAACGUUACCGAGUUGCGAAACGCUUUGGACGUUUGCGGCUUUAAAAUGCCAGGCUACAAGGUGCGUCAGAUGAUCGAGGAAUAUGACGAUAAGCAGCGACUAGAGCAUAAAGGUCGGCUCUCCUUCGAGGAGUUCGAAAAGCUCUGCAAGGAACUCAAGGCCAACGAACUAGGCUCCACGUUCAAGCAAGUCGUGUCGAAAAAGGAGAACCUUGAGACUCUGGGUGGAAUUUCCGAGGCGUCCAGCGAAGGAACCACGCAUUCCGUCAGGCUUGAGGAACAACUGGCGUUCAGCGAUUGGAUAAACACCAAUCUGUCGCACGAUCCCGACUUGAAGCACCUGCUGCCCAUCGAUCCCGAAGGAAAGACACUCUACGACAAAGUCAAAGACGGAAUAUUGCUCUGUAAAAUAAUCAAUCACUCUUGCCCGGAUACCAUUGACGAGCGCACGAUCAACAAAAAGAAUUUGACGCUAUACAAGAAGCAUGAGAACUUGACGCUAGCUCUGUCCUCGGCCCAAGCUAUUGGCUGCAACAUCGUAAACAUCGAUGCCCAUGACCUCACCAAAGGUUCGCCGCAUUUGGUGCUGGGUCUUCUCUGGCAGAUCAUCCGAAUUGGCUUAUUUAACCAGAUCACUCUCGAGAACUGUCCCGGUCUAGCCACUCUUCUGCAGGAUGGUGAACGAAUCGAAGAUUUAUUGAAGCUAUCUCCGGAAUCUAUACUUCUCAGAUGGGUGAACCAUCAUUUGGAGAAUGCCGGCAUCGCUAGGCGGUGCAACAACUUCCAGUCCGACAUCACGGACUCUGAGAUUUACACUUAUCUCAUCAAACAGAUUGCACCUAACUCAGCUGGUGUCACCUUGGAAGCCUUGAUGGAACCGAACCACAUGUCUAGAGCGGAGAUUAUGCUUCAGCAAGCCGCAAAACUGGGCUGCCGUACUUUUGUGACACCUAGCGACGUUGUGAAUGGUAUUUAUAAGCUUAAUUUGGCCUUCGUCGCCAAUAUGUUUAACAAUUAUCCUGGAUUAGACAAGCCGGAAAGCAACAUAGAAGGUUUAGAGUCUCUAGAGGAGACGCGAGAGGAAAAGACCUAUAGAAACUGGAUGAACUCAAUGGGCGUGGCGCCACACGUUAACUGGCUCUACUCAGACCUCGCUGAUGGUCUAGUGAUCUUUCAAUUGUACGAUAUCAUCAAGCCAGGCACUGUGAAUUGGAACAAGGUGCACAAGAAAUUUACAAAACUUCGAAAGUUUAUGGAAAAGUUGGAGAACUGCAAUUACGCCGUCGAGCUAGGCAAGCAAAUGAAUUUCUCGCUCGUGGGCAUCGCCGGACAAGAUCUCAACGACGGAAAUGCGACUUUAACGUUGGCCCUGAUAUGGCAAUUAAUGAGGUCAUACACUUUGUCGAUUCUGACAUCUUUGGCUGAUACUCAGGGAAGCACCGUUGUGGAGAAAGAAAUUGUUCAAUGGGUGAAUUCUAAACUCCAAGCGGCUGGAAAGACCAGCAGUAUUAAGGGAUUUCAGGAUUAUUCAAUAUCGGAUGGCAAAGUCGUCCUCGACCUCAUCGACGCCAUCAAGCCCGGCUCGGUUAACUACGAUCUCAUCAAGGAGGGCGGAACUGGAGAUGAGAAUUUGGACAAUGCGAAGUACGCGAUAUCCUUGGCGCGAAAGUGCGGUGCACGUGUCUAUGCGUUGCCGGAAGACAUUACCGAAGUGAAACCGAAGAUGGUGAUGACGGUAUUCGCUUGUCUGAUGGCGAUGGAUUACAUCCCGAAUAUGGACUCCGUGAAAAAUCAACAGAACAACAUAAACAACGGCCAAUAAUGUCGGCAUCAAUCCGUCGUCGCGUUGUUCCAUCUAAUACGUGCCGUUUAUUUUUUGUACACAAGAACUUUUGGUCGAAUCGCGCUGCCUCACGCUUCUUCCACGAGCGUAAUAUUUGUAUAUACAUAGAUUAAGUUAACUUGUUUUGAAGAGAAUAUUAAGGAUUACUACUGCUAGGAAGAAUUCAUAAGACGAGAAGGGGAACUCCUUUGGAACCCUGACGAGAUAUCAUUUGAUCCCUAUUUGUUUGUUAAACGAACAUCGUGUGAGGUACAUACAUACCAAGGAAUGUCAAGAUUAUAUUUGGUGAAAGAAAUUGUAUUACUAUAAAAUCUGGAUAUUUUGAUUAAAACAUAUGAAUAUAUCUAUA